UAAGGAAGAGAGAUAUCUGGGUAGUCUAGGGGGAAUAUAUCCACUUGCGUUUCUCCAUUUAAAAAGCAUCUGUCUUUAUUUUUUACACUGACAACAUGCCGCUGUUCGCUCAGAAUCCGUUUGAUCAAGAUGUGGAGAAGGCGACCAGUGAAACCAACACAGCAGAUGAUUGGGGCCUCAUUAUGGACAUCUGUGAUAGGGUUGGAACGACACCUAGUGGAGCAAAGGACUGUCUCAGAUCCAUCAUGAAGAGAGUAAACCACAAGGUGCCUCAUGUUGCUAUGCAGGCGCUCACAUUGCUGGGUGCCUGUGUAUCCAACAGUGGCAAAAUAUUCCACUUAGAAAUCUGCUCACGAGAGUUUGCCAGUGAAGUGCGGACCGUGCUGAGCAGGGCCCACCCUAAGGUAUGUGAGAAGCUAAAGGCUCUGAUGGUGGAGUGGGCUGAUGACUUCCAAAAGGAUCCGCAGCUCAGUCUCAUCAGUGCUACUAUCAAGUCUCUCAAAGAGGAUGGCAUCAGCUUCACCUCCACAGGCUCACAGGGAUCCAACACAAAGGUCAACACACCUGCUGCUAGCAAAGCCUCUGACGAUGACAACGACCUGGCCAAAGCCAUCGAGCUCUCACUGCAGGAGCAGAAGCAGCAGGGGGACACCCGGCCCGUGGCGGUGACCCCCGACCCACCUCUCAACACUAAUGGCGGUGGAGGUCGAGAGGCCCGGAAGGUGCGCGCGCUCUAUGACUUCGAGGCAGCAGAGGAUAACGAGCUGACCUUCAAAGCCUCCGAGCUCAUCCUGGUUUUAGAUGACAGCGACCCAAACUGGUGGAAAGGAGAGAACCACAGAGGUGUGGGGCUCUUCCCAUCCAACUUUGUGACAACGAACCUGAAUGCCGAGCCUGAGAUCAUCGCGUGCUCUGAAAAGCCAGCCAGCCCAGUAGAGACCAGCCUUGAGACCAAAGUGGAACCUGAGCCAGUCUUCAUUGACGAGGAGAAAAUGGACAAAACGUUGGCACUGCUGCAGAACACAGACCCUGCCGAUGCAGCUCCCGACUGCCCAGAAUUGGUCCAACUGGAGGGUGCGUGCGAGCAAAUGAACCCGAUGAUUGAUGAGCAACUGCAAGAGAUUGACAGGAAGCACUCUGAGUUGUCAGAGCUGAAUGUGAAGGUCUUGGAGGCCCUGGAGUUGUAUAACAAGCUGAUGAAUGAGGCUCCAUUCUUAUCGGCCUACCCCAAGAUGCAGCCACAGGCUCACUACCCACCUCCUGCCUCAACUGUAGCCAUGCAGGGCUACCCAGGCCAGGCUGGUGGUUCCUAUCUGCCCCCAGGGCUGCCCCAGGGCCCCCCAGCUCAGACGUACAACCUGCCCAGUGAUCAGCCUGGAACCCUCCAUUCCUUGCCCCCCAACAUCUCCGCCCCACCCAACGGCCAACCUGACCCUUACAUGAGCAGUGGUAUGAAUGGUCAGUACAUGAACCAAGCUGCUGGAGCCCCUUACCAACCUCAGAUGGGUAUGGCCAUGGACAUGUCCGCCUAUCAGAAUGCAAACUCCAACAUGCCUCCUGGCUCCUACACAAUGGCGGCUCCCUCUCACCCAGCACCACAACAGCAGGCAGCAGCAUACUACCAACAGCCCCUCCUGUAAGACUCAGACGGACAGACCUGAGAUGAAAGCAUCACCCAAAUAUUUCAGUUUAAUGGGGUGCGUUCAAUUCAGCCUACCUUGCGUGUGUGCGUGUGUGUUGGGGGGGCGGGGGGGGGGUGUCAUUGCUUUAGGACUAUUCCUUUGGUCGUCUUUUGCACGUGAAUCAGUUAAGCUGAGUCAAGCACACACUGGUAAUUUGAAAUAGUUGAGGCAUGUGUGUAAGAAAGGUCCACUACACAAUUGAGUCAAGACUGUGUGCGCAGAUCCCCGACCCCCUGACGAUAAACAUAUCUACAUCUGAGAGUGUGCUCAUUCCCACCCUCCUCCUCAUCUUCACAAGGAUCCAAUGUCAAAUAAGCACGGGGUUUCACUACUGGUGGAAGACAUACUGAUGAAGAAAUGAACAUUUUAGUACUCAAACGUACAGUACAGUCAUUUUCAACAGGAGGGAAAGGAGGGUCAGUGUCUCUCAUCCUAGAUUGUACAUUAUUUCGUUCAUCUAUUUUUUUUUUGCUUUUAAAACCAUCUUUCUCUUUCCUUUUUAACUCGUCUGUCUCUUUGUGUAUCCAUUUUAAGGAAGGUGUGGCCAGCUGGGCCAAGUUCUUUAUCCUCUCGUGCAAUUUGCCAGCCUUUUUCUCUCUUCUCAUCCGCCUCAUAGGCAAAUGCACGUAAACAGUUUGGUUUGGUGAAAGAGCUCAGGUUUUUAACCAGGCCGCUGCUUUUUUUGAACCUGUGUUAGAGAGGGCACCGAUGCUUACUCCAGUACAACGUGUGGACAGUUGUUCUUCACCAGUGUCCAGCCCUUCACCAGUGUCCAGCCCUUCUCGCUGAUCUCGUUCCAAAUCUGCAGUGCUUACAGACAUACAGCUCAAUGCUCAUAAAUUGCAUUAACAUGAAUAUGCAUUUAAGAAAAUUAAUUUCAAGUAUAUAAUAACAUUUGUAUUCAUAUUUAUGCUUCAAAAGGUAAGACCACAAUAUAGUAAUUCCCCUGCCUUUCAACACAAUUAGUUUGGUCAUAAUUUCUGGUUUGCACGUGCACCCAUGUGUUUGUUUUUUUGUUUUUUUGUUUUCGUGUGUGCUCGUGCUCGUCCUGUAUGCCAUCUGAUCCUAGUGAUGUUGAAUUUUCAAAAGGUCAGCGGCAACAUAAUGGCAGCCCAUCCCCUGUGCCAUUAGAUUGUAAUGGGUUACUUGAGAAAUGAUGAGAAUUUCUGGCUAGAGAGUUCAGCUGCCCUUCGUCCAUCCAUCAGGAAAAGCUGCAUUUAUUUAUCAUAAUCACAUCAGCCGCAUUCUGCUUGUCCUCUCUGUGGCGUGGGCUGUCUUUUCCACCCGAUGUUAACUUGAAGUCUCUGCAAUUUAGAUUCCAUAUCUGCUAUUUUAUUAUAAGGUUUCGUGCCGAUUGUUAUUCCACCUUUUUUUGGACCUUUUUUUUUAAAAUUGCAAACCAUUUCACGUGUGUUUUGAUUUGUAUAUGAUUUGGUACAUUAUAGAUUCAUUGUUUUCAUGCUUUGACAGUAAUGUAAACAAUCAUUAUUCUCACCUUUCUUUUGCUUUUACGUUGAUGACCAGGCAAAAUAUGAAGCAUUCUGUUUUCAGUUCAUCAUAAAUCCUAACACGAGCAAGCAACCUGUCAGUAAAAUGAAGAAACGGCUGGUCGAGAUCAUAUAGUUCAAACCAAAUAGUUGUUUUCUGUAUGUGCGUGUGCGUAUGUGUGUGUGUCUAUAUAUGUGUGUGUGUGUGUGUGUGUGUUAGAAGUAAGGAGCAGAUUUCUUUGCAUCUACAGUUUGUUGUUGGUUCUUUAGCUUGAUAGAUUCAGCCUAGUGCAGAGCGUCUACUCUUCUUUACUCGCCUCAUGUAAAAGGCACUGUAUAUUAGAUGUAAGAUAUCUGGUUUUGUCAGUGUCAGCAUUGCACCUUAACUUUGUAAACAUUUAUGUACCACUGGAUGCCUUGUUUUCUGUAGAAAUCAAAUUGCGACACGAAAACAACUUCGGGAACGGUCUUCUGUCUCAGAAGCUGCUGUAUAUCUAGAAUUCUGUAUAUUUAAGGAUAUUCCAGGGAAAGUUCCUGUAUCCAGCAUUUUAAAGUCCUUUUGUAACACAGCAAACUCUAAUGUUCUUUCAAAAAUAAAUACUCAUCUGUGUUCAAAA